ACUCGUUCCUCAGAUCAGUGGACGUGCAGUAGUCGUCCAGUCGAGUCACAUGUUGAUGGUUGAUUCGCGAGAGAAAUAAGUCAAGGAGAAAUCGCCUGUUCACAAAAAUAAAAAUAUUCAUAUUUUUUUUUCAAUUUCGAAAUUUGCGAGAAGAUAAAGACUCAUUUAAUUUGCGACCAAAACGAAAAUAUUUAUAGACAUUUGCAUUUUGUCUCAAACUAUUGGAGUUCAAUUCUUAACUCUUUUCCUUGCCGCCGCGAACGCUUUUUUUUUGGAUGCCUGGAUAAAUCAAUUGGAUAAUUAUCAUCUUCGAUUUGAUUUCAGCAUUUUUGACUCACAGGGGGUUAAUUUUCAUCAUCGUCAGGUGCUCCCUGCCCGUCAUCAUCCUCUCCAACCCUCCAUUAUCCCAAUCUUCGUAGCCAGAGUCAUCGUCGUCAUCGUCGUGUUACCAUGAUCAGUUUAAGUACAUUGAGCUUGGAGCGGGUGCCCGACUUCGGUCAGCGUGGGGACCUCGAGUGGACGACCAUCGGCCUGAUGAUGGUGGUGCUCGUGGUCGCUCUCUAUUACUAUGUGGUGAAGGUCGCUGAUAGGUGCUCGUGUCCCAAGCGAUUGGAUGGGAAGACGGUUAUCGUGACAGGAGCUAACACGGGGAUUGGCAAGGAAACUGCGCGGGACCUAGCCCGACGAGGAGCCCGUGUCAUCCUGGCAUGUCGCGAUGCUGAACGGGGCCGAGAAGCGGAAAAGGAUAUUCGAAUGAGUACGGGAAAUGAUGACGUGAUCUUCAUGAAACUGAACCUCGCCAGUUUUGAUUCUAUUCGCCAUUUUGCCCAGGAGUUCAACAAUACCGAAGAGAGAUUGGAUAUUCUUAUCAACAAUGCAGGCGUGAUCAAUGACGGCUCGUUGCGCACCGAGGAGGGACAUGAACUCGUCUUCGGCGUCAAUCACCUCGGUCAUUUCCUUCUGACCAACAUCCUCUUGGACAAACUUCAGAAGUGUGCGCCAUCCAGGGUCGUCAACGUCUCCUCCGACGCCUACAUGUUCGGCAAGCUCGACCUCGAGCAUCUGGCGAUCAACGAUGGUCGGGUGAAAUCGUAUGCGAGGAGCAAGCUAGCAAAUGUGCUUUUCACCAGGCAGCUUGCCGCCAACAUGGCCGGCACAGGAGUCGUCAGUUUUAGCCUACACCCAGGCUCAGUCAAUACGGACAUCAAGCGAAACUGGGCGGGCUGGCUGCGGGCACUCGCCCCUCUUAUCUCCUUCUUCUUCCUCAAAUCAGUCAAGGAGGGUGCCCAGACAUCCAUCCACUGUGCAGUAUCGGACGAUAUCUUGGAUCAAUCUGGAGAGUUCUUCAAGGGAUGUCAGGUCCAGAAGCUCACCAGGACGGCAAGGGAUCAAGGCCUGGCCAAGAAGCUAUGGGAUGUCAGUCUAGAGAUGACGGGGCUUCAGAGCUCGUGAUCGUCGUAUUUCUGGUCGACCGCGGGAGCGAUCAAGACAUUCGAAAUCUAAUUUAUUCCAGUCGUAAAGACAUAAGGUGCUGUAUGAGAGUUUGAUCCAUGGUUUGAUCAACCACGCACAUGCUAUACAUUACUGAACAAAAACCGGAGGCCUUGCGGAUUGAAAUGUUACUUGGAGUGUUGGAAGUUUGAUGAAAAUGAAUUCUGAAUUAUUUAACAUGGACAAAUGGAAUGAACUUGGCAUUAUCAUUAAAACUCAAAAGAUUACCAAGUAAAUCAGAAGUGACAAAGCGAGAUUGUUCAUCUUUAUUGCGUCAAGGUUUAUUGUUUUUUAACUUUUCAGUUCCUUUGCCAUGCCAGUGCGAUUUAUUUCCUUGAUACCUAUCGUGUCUAUAAAUGAUGGACACUGGAACAGUUCUGCUGUCGUGUACUACCCGGACAAGCUUAAACGCAGACGUGACAGAUUCCCUGUCGCUCGCUAUGACGUCAUGAUUUAUGUCUCUUUGUCCGUAACAUGUUGAUGUUCAUAAUUCAUCGAACACAUCGCCACAUUAAUUAUUUAUCAAUGCGAAAUGUGUGUAGAGCCAUUUCCAGAUAGUACAAUAA